AGUUGGAGAUUUUUCAGGUCGUAAUAUGAAAAUGCUGCUGAUUUUGUUCCUCAUAAUAAUUUGCUCCCAUGUUUCUGUGAACCAAGAUUCUGGCCCUGAGUAUGCAGACAUUGUGUUUCUGGUGGACGGCUCUGAUCACCUGGGAAUUAAGUCCUUCCCUCUGGUGAAAACGUUCAUCAACAAAAUGAUCAACAGUCUCCCCAUAGAGGCCAACAAAUACCGCGUGGCCUUGGCCCAGUACAGCGACAAGCUCCACAGUGAAUUCCAGCUGAGCACUUUCAAGAGCAGGAAUCCCAUGCUGAACCACCUCAAAAAGAACUUCACGUUCCUGGGCGGCUCCCUGAGGGUAGGAAACGCUCUCAGGGAAGCUCACAGGACCUACUUCUCUGGACCGGCAAACGGGAGAGACAAGAAACUGUUUCCCCCGAUCUUGGUGGUGCUGGCUUCCGCCGAGUCCGAGGAUGACGUGGAAGAGGCUUCCCGGGCCCUGCGGGAAGAUGGGGUAAGAAUCGUCUCCGUGGGGCUGCAGCAGGCUGCUGAGGAGAACCUGAAGGCCAUGGCCACAGCUCAGUUCCAUUACAAGCUUCGGACGGUCAGAGACCUCAGUGCGUUCUCCCAGAACAUGACGCAGAUCAUCAAGGAUGCGGCUCAGUACGAGGAAGGCGCAGUCGAUGACGUUCUUGUCGAAGUUUGCCAAGGCCCUUCUGUGGCUGAUGUUGUGUUCCUGUUGGAUGUGUCCAUCAAUGGCAGCCAGGAGAACUUCGACUAUCUUAAAGAAUUCCUGGAAGAAAGUGUAUCUGCUCUUGACAUAAAGGAGAAUUGCAUGAGGAUUGGCCUUGUGGCUUAUAGCAAUGAGACGAAGGUGAUUAAUUCACUGAGCAGGGGCGUAAAUAAGUCAGAGGUUCUCCAGUAUAUACAGAACCUCUCUCCCCAGGCUGGGAAUGCCUACACGGGAGCUGCCAUCAGAAAGAUCGGAAAGGAAGUCUUCCUUGCACAGAAUGGCAGUCGGAAGAAUCAGGGGGUGCCCCAGAUUGCCGUCCUGGUGACCCACCGGCCAUCAGAAGACAAUGUUACCAUGGCAGCCGUCAACCUCCGGCGCCAGGGCGUGGCCAUCUUCACCAUGGGCAUCGAGGCAGCCAGUGACAGCCAGCUGGAAAAGAUAGCAUCGCACCCCGCUGAGCAGUAUAUCUCCAAACUGAAGACUUUCUCCGACCUGGCUGCUCACAACCAGACAUUUCUGAAGAAGCUGCGGAAGCAAAUAACGCACACGGUCUCUGUCCUUUCAGAACGAACUGAAAGUCUCAAAUCUGGUUGUGUGGACACUGAAGAAGCAGACAUCUAUCUGCUCAUUGAUGGCUCUGGGAGCAUCCGGGCCACAGACUUCCAAGAAAUGAAGACCUUCCUGUCAGAAGUUGUAAGGAUGUUCAACAUCGCUCCCCAAAAGGUGCGGGUUGGAGCCGUUCAGUACGCUGACAGCUGGGACUUGGAAUUCGAGAUCAAUAAAUACUCUAACAAGCAUGAUUUGGGAAAGGCUAUUGAGAACAUCAGGCAGAUGGGUGGGAAUACAAACACGGGUGCAGCUCUGAAUUUCACACUGGGGCUGUUGCAAAAAGCAAAGCAGCAACGAGGAAACAGAGUGCCAUGUCACCUUGUUGUCCUAACAAAUGGCAUGUCCAAGGAUAGCAUCUCGGAGCCUGCAAACAGACUGAGGAAUGAGCUCAUCCAUGUUCAUGCCAUCGGGGUCAAGGAAGCCAACAGAACACAGCUACAAGAAAUUGCUGGCAAGGAGAAGAGGGUAUACUACGUCCAUGACUUUGAUGCUUUGAAAAACAUAAGAAACCAAGUUGUUCAAGAAAUCUGUGCUGAAGAAGCCUGCAGAGAGAUGAAAGCUGACAUUAUGUUUCUGGUGGAUAGUUCUGGCAGUAUAGGAAGUGAAAACUUCAUCAAAAUGAAAACAUUUAUGAAAAACCUGGUGAGCAAAUCUCAGAUUGGGGCAGAUCGGGUGCAAAUUGGUGUAGUCCAGUUCAGCGACAUCAAUAAGGAAGAGUUUCAGCUCAACAAAUACAUAUCCCAAAGUGAAAUUUUAGGUGCGAUAGACCAAAUGGCUCACAUUGGAGAAACCACGUGGACUGGUGCUGCCCUGACCUUUGUGUCUCAGUACUUCAGCCCCGCCAAGGGGGCCCGGCCCAAUGUCAGGAAGUUUCUCAUCCUCAUCACGGAUGGUGAAGCUCAUGACGUAGUCAAGGACCCAGCAGUAGCUCUUCGGCAAGAAGGUAUAAUUAUCUAUUCCGUGGGGGUGUUCGGCUCCAAUGUCACCCAGCUGGAGGAGAUCAGCGGAAGGCCGGAGAUGGUUUUUUAUGUUGAGAAUUUUGACAUUCUGCAGCGCAUUGAAGAUGAUCUUGUUUUUGGAAUAUGCAGCCCACGUGAAGAAUGCAAGAGGAUUGAAGUUUUAGAUGUAGUGUUUGUAAUUGACAGCUCUGGCAGCAUUGAUGAAAAUGAAUAUAAUAUCAUGAAGGACUUCAUGAUUGACUUGGUGAAAAAAGCCGAUGUUGGCAAGAAUCGGGUCCAGUUUGGGGCUCUGAGGUAUGCUGAUGACCCAGAGGUGCUGUUUAAUCUGGGUGAUCUUGACUCAAAAUCAGAGGUGAUUUCAGCGCUCCAGAACCAGAGGCCCAUAGGGGGCAACACAUACACUGCCGAGGCACUAGACUUCUCAAACUACAUGUUCACUGAAACCCGGGGCAGCCGCCUGCACCGGGGGGUCCCCCAAGUUCUCAUUGUGAUCACUGAUGGAGAAUCCCAUGAUGCAAAAAAGCUCAAUGCCACGGCCAAGGCCUUACGGGACAAAGGCAUUCUUGUCCUGGCUGUGGGGAUUGCUGAUGCUAACCUCGUGGAGUUGCUGGCCAUUGCCGGGUCGAGUGACAAGUACUUCUUCGUGGAGACUUUUGGAGGCCUGAAAGGGAUAUUUUCAGACGUGUCAGCCAGUGUGUGUAACUCUUCACAAGUAGACUGUAAAAUCGAAAACGUAGAUCUCGUUUUCCUCAUGGAUGGUUCAAGUAGCAUACAUCCAGACGACUUCAAGAAGAUGAAAGCAUUCUUGGCAUCUGUUGUUCAAGACUUUGAUGUUAGUGUCAACAGAGCGCAGAUAGGAGUGGCCCAGUUUAGCCAUACCUACCAGGAAGAGUUUCUACUGGGAACGUUCACAGGCAAAAAGGAGAUAUCAUUUAAGAUUGAAAACAUCCAGCAGAUCUUUGGGAACACACACAUUGGCGCUGCACUCCGGCAAGUGGGGCAUUACUUCCGGACAGACAUGGGCAGCCGGAUAAAUGCAGGUAUCCCACAGGUAUUGCUGGUCCUCACAGAUGGUCAGUCCCAAGAUGAGGUGGCUCAGGCCGCUGAAGACCUGAGACACAAAGGUAUCGACAUCUACUCCGUGGGCAUCGGGGAUGUGGAUGACCAGCAGCUCAUUCAGAUCACCGGGACUGCAAAUAAAAAACUUUCGGUUCAUAACUUUGAUGAACUGAGUAAGAUCAAGAAAAGGGUAAUUCGCAACAUCUGUACCUCGGGGGGUGAGAGCAAUUGUUUUGUGGACGUUGUGGUAGGAUUUGACAUCUCAACUCUGCAGAAUGGGCAAGCUUUGCUCGACGGUCAGUCUUGGGUGGAAACCUACCUUCAAGACAUCUUACGUGCCAUUGGCUCCCUUAGUGGGGUUAGCUGCGAGGUGGGCACAGAGACUCAGGUUAGUGUGGCUUUUCAAGUGACCAAUGCCAUGGAAAAAUAUUCCCCCAAGUUUGAAAUCUACAGUGAAAACAUACUGAACAGCUUGAAGGGUGUAACAGUUAAAGGACCAUCUUUUCUCAAUGCAAACUUCUUGAAUUCACUGUGGGAUGCGUUUCAGAAUAAAUCAGCUGCUCGUGGAAAGGUGGCUCUCUUAUUUUCAGAUGGAUUGGAUGAUGACAUUGAAAAACUUGAACAGAAAUCUGAUGAACUUAGAAAAGAAGGCCUGAAUGCCCUCAUAACUGUAGCUCUGGGUGGAGCCACCAAUGCAAGUGACCUGACUGAUCUUCCCUACAUUGAAUUUGGGAAAGGAUUUGAAUACAAGACCCAGCUCACUAUUGAAAUGAGAGAUCUUGGGAGCCAAUUGUCAAAGCAGCUGGUCAAUGUUGCUGAAAGGACUUGCUGCUGUUUAUUCUGCAAGUGCAUUGGAGAGGAUGGCACAAUGGGAGAGCCAGGACCACCAGGGAAAAGGGGACUCCCAGGUUUUAAAGGCAGUGAAGGCUACCUGGGAGAGGAAGGCACUGCUGGAGAAAGAGGAAAUACUGGACCAGUGGGAGAGGAAGGUAUUAGGGGAUGCUAUGGCACCAAAGGUCCUAAGGGAAACAGGGGACUAAAUGGACAGGAGGGAGAAGUUGGGGAAAGUGGAAUUGACGGAUUAAAUGGAAUACAGGGUGACAGUGGUCUUCCUGGAAGAAAAGGAGAAAAGGGUGAUGAAGGAUCUCAGGGAAGCCCAGGAAAGAGAGGGAUUUCUGGUGACCGUGGAGCAAAGGGCCUGCGAGGAGAUCCUGGAGUUCCUGGAUUUGACAAUAGCAUAGAAGGACCCAAGGGUUUGAAAGGAGAAGGCGGAAGACAAGGUAGAAGAGGCUCGCCAGGUCCCCCUGGAACACCAGGCUCCAGAAGAAUGACAGCAACUCAUGGCCAAAGGGGACAUACAGGCCCACAGGGGAUAACAGGCCUCCCAGGCCCAGAUGGACUUGAAGGCUCACUGGGACUUAAAGGACCUCAGGGCCCGAGAGGAGAGGCUGGUGUGAAAGGAGAAAACGGAGGUCUGGGAAGUAGAGGUCCCCAGGGGCCUCCAGGACCAGGAGGAGAGGCAGGGAGCCAAGGCCAUUUGGGAAGCCAAGGAAAUAAAGGAGAACCUGGAGAUGUGGGAGAAAAAGGAGCUAUCGGCCUUCUUGGGCCACGAGGCUUGCCGGGUGGUGAUGGCAACCCAGGUUAUGGGAACAUUGGAAGUAAAGGAGCAAAGGGACAAGAAGGAUUUCCUGGAGAAAGUGGACCUAAGGGUGAGAUUGGAGACCCUGGUGGUCCAGGAGAAACUGGACCCAAGGGAGCCAGAGGCCAGACGAUUUCCACUGGGCUUCCAGGAGAACCGGGAUCCCCUGGGGAGCUGGGACCUCCUGGACGCAAGGGUGUGAAAGGGGCCAACGGAUUGGCUUCAUUUUCUACAUGUGAGCUCAUUCAGUAUGUACGGGAUCAUAGUCCUGGCGGACAUGGAAAACCCGAAUGUCCUGUGCAUCCAACCGAGCUGGUGUUCGCCUUGGACCAGUCCCGGGAUGUGACGGAGCAGCAGUUUGAGCAGAUGAAGGAGAUGAUGUCUUCCCUCGUGAAUGGCGUUAGAGUCCGGGAGAACAGCUGCCCGGUGGGAGCGCGCAUCGCCAUCCUUUCCUACAGCUCCCACGCCAGACACCUCAUCCGCUUCUCAGACACCUACAAGAAGAACCGACUCCUCAGGGAAAUUGAAGCUAUUCCUUACCAGAGAUCCACUGACGACAGGGAGAUCGGCAAAGUAAUGAGGUUCAUUUCCAGGAAUGUCUUCAAGCGAACUUUUCCAGGGGCUCACACAAGAAGAAUCGCCACAUUUUUCAGCAAUGGUCAAUCUGCCGAUGCCCAGUCCAUUGCCACGGCCACCAUGGAGUUCAGUGCCCUUGACAUCAUUCCUGUAGUGAUUGCUUUCAGCAAUGUGCCCUCCAUCAAGCGUGCAUUUGCGAUCGACAACACUGGUACAUUCCAAGUAAUAAUGGUUCCAUCCAGGGCCAACUACUCGUCAGCAUUAGAGAGACUCCAGAGGUGCACUUUCUGCUAUGAUGUAUGCAAGCCAGAUGCUUCUUGUGAUCAAGCCAGACCACCCCCUGUGCAGUCGUACAUAGAUGCUGCUUUUCUUCUGGAUAGCUCCCGGCAUGUGGGAAGUACCGAAUUUGAAGACAUAAGAGGAUUCCUGGGAGCACUGUUAGAUCACUUUGAAAUCACCCCAGAGCCUGAGACCUCUGUCAUUGGAGACCGGGUGGCCCUGUUAAGCCAUGCUCCUCCCAACUUCCUACCCAACACUCAGAAGAGUCCUGUUAGAAUGGAGUUCAACCUUACCACCUACAACAGUAAACGCCUCAUGAAGAGGCACGUGGAAGAAGAGGUUCAACAGCUAAAUGGAAAUGCUUUCAUUGGUCAUGCCUUACAGUGGACUCUGGACAAUAUCUUUUUAAGUGUACCCAACCUGAGAAGAAACAAAGUCAUAUUUGUGAUAUCUGCUGGGGAAACCAGUUACUUGGAUCAGGAAACCUUAAAGAAAGAAUCUUUGAGAGCCAAAUGUCAAGGUUAUGCACUAUUUGUGUUUUCCCUUGGCCCUGCCUGGAAUGAUGAGGAACUGGAAGAUCUAGCCAGCCACCCUUUGGAUCACCACAUGGUCCAGCUUGGCCGAAUUCAUAAACCUGACCACAGAUAUGGUGUGAAGUUUGCAAAGUCCUUUAUAAACUCGAUCAGGCGUGCCAUCAACAAAUAUCCAUCAGUAAACUUCAAAACAAAGUGCAAUAGACUCAACUCCGCAAAUCCGAAGAAGCAGUUGCAAAGGUAUUAUCUCUUUGUUGCUGGACCACAGAAAGCUGUCCUCGAAGAUAUAUUACAGAAGGCAAAAUUCUUUCAAGACAAAAGAUAUGUUUCAAGAGUAGCAAGAGGCAGCAGAACUAACACCAGAAAAUUUACCAGAAACACAUAUAUUACCUUUAAAAAUGGAAAAAAAGUGACAAGAACUGUUCCCAAAUAA